UCCCAAAUUCCUCGGAAGCCAAAGCUGGAAUAGCCUUUUUGGCAGGAAAAAAAAAUCACAGCCAGGUUUCAACUGGAGAAAAUAUUCACAUGAGCUCAGAUAAAAAAAAUGAAUCACGCCUAGCCUGCCCCAUUCUCCUCCUUGCAGCUCCUCAGGAGUCUUCCCGUGCAGGUUGCCACCCUCCCACCCAUCAGCUCCCUGGGGACUUUGCUGGCUGCAGGUGAAAGGCGGAGGAUCCCCCUGAGCCACUUUUUCCACCGAGCUGCCUGCAGCUGGCAAUCUACCAGUCCAAAAUGCCAACUGCCGAGGAGAGGGAUCGGGGAAGCCGGUAACCAGUGAACAUAAAGCAAGUCAGCAUUGUUUGGAGCUGCAGCACUGGGUCAGAACGACACAGAGGGUUUCUCAGCAGCAAAUGUUACUCCUAAGACUGGAAUAUAACUCCUGCCUACUUCCUCCCUCUUCCUGGAUGCCAUCCAGCAUGCCAGCAGCACGCAGAAGCUUCUGCAAAAUCUCACACUGAGCCCUGUGACUUUCCAGCAGGACCAAAGCAAUGGGGAUCCUUUGGCUCAUCUUAAUCUUCAUCUCUCUGAGCAGCCACGGAGAUGCUCAUGGACCAGACAGCUGUAACCAUGAAGGGGGCUUAUGUCGAGUCGGGAACUGCAUUCUUGGUGAAUAUCUGGCUAGAUACUGCUUUGAACCCAUCAUUCUCUGUUGUAAAAAUUUAUCACCCACUACCUUAAAAAGCUGAAGAUUUCUGAAGCAGCAAACUGCAGCGCGUGGAGAGCUGCAGGUGCCACUCACAAAGAAUGAGCUGCUGUUGGGAAGGAAGUGUUGUGCCUUUCUGUGGCGGUUGCAGCCCUGGGAGAACAUGGCUGUGGAUUCACCUGUGGACUUCUGAACAUGCUGCUUUUUGCUUUUGCUGUGAUUUUCUAGGAAACACUGUGACAAGAAGAAACUGGGGCCACCCAGACUAUGUAUUGCCCCUUUUGGCAUCUGGUUGUUACCUGUCAUGAACAAGUGAGAAAUUGCCUUUCCCCUUACCUGAAUGCAAUAAAUCUGAAGUU